UCGGACGAGUGGAUCGCGGCGCGUACCGCUUCGAAAGUCAUGUAAAUCAGAAGGGACGUCGAGAGUUACACGCUACUAGUGAUAAUGGAAAAAAACGUGAAAUUGCAGUUUGAAAGUGUUUUUACGACUGAUCUAAAAUUUACCGAAUUGGCGGACGUUAUUCGCGAGUACGACGUUAAGAGCGCGAAGCUACGAGACCAGAUUUAUUCAUAUCACGCCGAAAUUCUCGAGCUACAAGACAAGAUCAAAGCUAAGACAAGAUCAGAGUGUGGUUGUAUAACGUUGAAAAACAAGAUAUCGGAGUUGAGACUGGAGAUAGAAUCGAAGAAUGCAAAGAUUGCGGUGUUGGAGCAGGAAAUACGUCGCGAAGGUUCCCUUUAUGAGAUGAAGUGUUACGAACUAUUGAAAAAUCUAUUGGCAUGCAAUGACAAAAAUAACGAGCGAAAAACGGAAAUUGUGCGACUGUGGGUGGCCAUGCUGCGUAUAAUCGCGAAAAAAUAUGAUGCCGAGAUAAGAAUAACAAGAUUGGAGAAUCGGAAUCAGACAUCAUGUCGAAAAGAUAUCGAUUUUGAUCAACGUAUAAAGCAACUCGAGAUGCAAAUAGAGAAAUAUGAGAAUUUGUUGAAUUUAAAAGGUUUAUGAUUCUGCGAGAACAUUUCAUCGUGUUAUAUACUAAUCAAAUUAUUAUCGAUUAUUGUAUAUAUUAAAUUAACGUGUGUAUGUAAUUUACGGCAUUUCUCACGUGACGAUUUGAUAAUUAUUAGAGCUAAAGUUCAAGUGUAGAGAAUACAAAAUGUAAAUACCGCACUUUUAAUAUUACAAUAAUACAAUAAUAAUUUUAUAUUUUAUAUUUGUAAAACGUAGAGAAAUGCGAAUUUAUCUUAUAUGUUAUAACAUCGAUUACAGAUGGUAAUAAGUUUUUAAGAUAAUAUAAGUCCAGCGAUAUAAUAAGAUUGAAUUUAAUCGAGAUAUAUGUAUAUAUGUAAAAG